AUUCAGUCCACCAUCCACCUCGACAACCACACAAUACCGCCAACAUGGGUCGCGUUCGCACAAAGACUGUCAAGAAGUCCGCCAAGGUCAUCAUUGAGCGGUACUACCCCAAGUUGACCCUCGACUUCGAGACCAACAAGCGCAUCUGCGAUGAGAUCGCCGUCAUUGCCAGCAAGCGUCUGAGGAACAAGAUCGCCGGUUACACCACCCACUUGAUGAAGCGCAUUCAGCGUGGACCCGUCCGCGGUAUCUCCUUCAAGCUGCAAGAGGAGGAGCGUGAGAGGAAGGAUCAAUACGUGCCAGAGGUUUCUGCUCUCGACUUCACCCAGAACAGCGAGAGCGGCAUGCUCGAUGUGGACCAGGAGACCAAGGAUCUGCUCAAGUCGCUCGGCUUCGACAGCAUCCCAGUCAACGUCGUCGCCGUCCAGCAGCAACAGGUCGCCGAGAGACCUCGCCGCUUCGGAGAUCGCGCACCGCGCGCUUAAGCGAAUCGCCCAUUUCAUCACGACGACAUUGGGAGGAGUUGAGGCGUUGGCAUCAGCUGGACCACGGCCGCUGUGGACAUGCCCUAGCUAGCUCUAGUUAUCUUGAGCAAAUGGAUUUGCUUGCCCCCACAAGGUGUCGCCGAUUCUCCUCCGGGAGAUGACGCUUGAUUGCCAAUACCCCUUCCCCUUCCCCUUCCUCAUGCCCAGCACAUACAGAAACCCCAAUGACUGCCUUGCUUGUGAUCAAGCAUGGCCAAGACGAACUUCGACACCAUUGGCGCGGCAGAGAAGGGAUUCCAUGCUGUCAUCCACGACCUAUUGUCUUGCCGGCUGGCACGCAGAUGGACUUU